GCCAGUCUGUUCCUUUUCCUGGCCGCUUUGGCUCUGUUCACCCUCAGGUGCCGUCGGAGCCACGCGUCCCUCGGCCCUGGGCUGAGGCUCGUGGCUGAGGCCGAGGGAGGAGAUGGCCCCAGGCCCCCCGCCCGCGGCUCCUGCUGCCCCCACCAGGGAAUCGGUGACGUUCAAGGAUGUGGCCGUGGCCUUUACCCUAGAGGAGUGGAGGCAGCUGGGCCCUUCCCAGAAGGACUUGUACAGGGAUGUGAUGCUGGAGAACUAUAGGAACCUGGUGGGCUUGGGCCUGGCCAUUUCCAAACCAUAUGUGAUCUGCCAGUUGGAGCAAGGGGAAGCCCCUUGGAUGCCAGAGGGAGACAUCCCCCAGAGGCACUGUGCAGAUUGGGAAGUGAUAGUUGAAGCCAGGGAGCCCACUCCAAAGCUUGACACUACUUUGAAAGGAUUCUGGGAGGAAAGAGUGCCGCGGCAUCGCCAGCCCCAUGUUACCAAGCUGGGAGAAGCCUUAGAAUGUGAUGCCAUGUCAGAGGGAAAGCAGAACAACAAGGAUCAGUCGUCUAGAUUUCAUGCUGGAAUGAAACUUCAUAAAUGUAACAAAUGUGGGAAGGCCUUCUGCUGGCGCAAAGGACUUAAUGUACAUCAGAAAAUUCAUAGUGGGGAGAAACCCUAUACAUGCAAUGAAUGUGGGAAGGCCUUUCUUCUCAACACACACCUUAUUCAACAUCAGAGAAUUCAUAGUGGAGAGAAACCUUUCAUAUGUAAUGAAUGUGGGAAGGCCUUCAGGCUUAAUGCGCACCUUACUCUACAUCAGAGAAUUCAUAGUGGAGAGAAACCUUAUGAAUGUAAUGAAUGUGGAAAGGCAUUCUCUCAGAGUUCACAACUUAAUCGACAUCAAAGCAUUCAUACUGGAGAGAAAGCUUAUAAAUGUAAUGAAUGUGGAAAGGCUUUUAGCCGGAGCACAGGACUUACUAAACAUAAGAGAAUUCACACUGGAGAGAAACCUUACAAAUGUAAUGAAUGUGAGAAGGCCUUCCGUCGGAAUGAACAGCUUAUUCGCCACCAGAGAAUUCACACUGGAGAGAAACCUUAUAAAUGUAAAGAAUGUGGGAAAGCCUUUCGUCAGAGUUCACAAUUUAGUCAGCAUAAAAAAAUUCAUAUUGGAGAGAAGCCUUAUGAAUGUAAUGAAUGCGGGAAGCUCUUUUUAGAGAAGAAACAACUUACUCGACAUCAGAAAAUUCAUACUGGAGAAAAACCGUAUAAGUGUAGUGUAUGUGGGAAGGCCUUCCUAGAGAGGAAACAGCUUACCCAACAUCAGAGAGUUCACACUGGAGAGAAACCUUAUGAAUGUCAGGAAUGUGGGAAAACCUUCCGCCAGAGCUCACAGUUUAGUCAACAUAAAAAAAUUCAUGCAGUAGGGAAGCCUUAUGAAUGUAAUGAAUGUGGGAAGGCCUUCCUAGAGAGGAAACAACUUAGUCGGCAUCAGAGAGUUCACACUGGAGAAAAACCUUAUAUAUGUAAUCAGUGUGGGAAGGCCUUCAGCUCUAAGUCAUACCUUACUGUACACCAGACAAUUCAUACUGGAGAGAAAUCUUAUGAAUGUAGUAAGUGUGGGAAGGUCUUCUUUCUGAAGAUGUACCUUACUCAGCAUCAGAGAAUUCAUGUUGGAGUGAAGCCUUAUCAAUGUAGUGAAUGUGGAAAGACCUUCCUAGACAGGAAACCGCUUAUCAGCCAUCAGAAAAACCACAUCCUAGUAACACAAAAGCCUUAUGAAUGUCAUGACUGUGGGAAGGCCUUCCGGUGGAGCUCACAUCUUGCUCAACAUCAGAUAACACAUACUGGAGAGAAACCCUAUGAAUGUAAGGAAUGUGGAAAGGCCUUUGGCUUAAGUACAGGACUGACUCGACAUCAGAGGAUUCACACUGGAGAGAAACCUUAUGAAUGUAAUAAAUGUGGGAAAGCCUUCCUUCUGAACACAAACUUUAUUGUACAUCAGAGAAUUCAUAGUGGAGAAAAACCUUAUGAAUGUAAUGAAUGUGGAAAGGCCUUCAAUAGGAGCACCCAACUGACUGUACAUCAGAGAAUUCACACUGGAGAGAAGCCAUAUGAAUGUAAUGAAUGCGGGAAGGCCUUCCGACAGAACACAGUUCUUACUGAACAUCAAAGGAUUCAUAGUGGAGAGAAACCCUAUGAAUGUAAUGAAUGUGGAAAAGCCUUCCGCCAGAGCUCACAGCUUACUCAACACCAGAGAAUUCACACUGGAGAGAAACCUUAUGAAUGUCAGGAAUGUGGGAAGGCCUUUCUUCUGAGCACAACCUUUGCUGUACAUCAGAGAAUUCACACUGGAGAGAAACCUUAUGAAUGUAAUGAAUGUGGGAAGGCCUUCAGCUGGAGCACAGAGCUUGCUGAACACCAGAGGAUUCACACUGGUGAGAAACCUUAUGAGUGUAAUGAAUGUGGAAAGGCUUUUUGCCAGAGCUCUCAACUGGCUCGUCAUCAGAUAAUCCACACUGGAGAGAAACCUUAUGAAUGUCAUGAGUGUGGGAAGGUUUUCCAACAGAGCAGAAACCUUACCAAACAUCAGAGAACUCACAGUGGAGAGAAACCUUAUGAAUGUAAUCAGUGUGGGAAGGCCUUCAGCCAGAGUGGAUACCUUACUAAACAUCAGAGAACUCACAGUGGAGAAAAACCUUAUGAAUGUAAUCAAUGUGGGAAGGCCUUUUGCUGGAGCUCACAACUUACUCAGCAUCAGAUAAUUCAUACUGGAGUGAAACCUCAUGAAUGUAACGAAUGUGGGAAAGCUUUUGGCCGGAGUACAGAACUCACACGACAUCAGAAGAUUCACAGUGGAGAGAAACCAUAUGAAUGUAAAGAAUGUGGGAAGGCCUUCCUUCUGAGAACAAACUUUAUAGUACAUCAACGAAUUCAUAGUGGAGAGAAGCCUUAUGAAUGUAAUGAAUGUGGGAAGGCCUUUGGCCGGAGUACAGAACUUACUCGACAUCAGAGAAUUCAUAGUGGAGAGAAACCUUAUGAAUGUAGCAAAUGUGGAAAGACCUUCAGGUGGAGAAAACAACUCAUUCAACAUCAGAGAAUUCACACUGGAGAGAAACAUUAUGAAUGUAGUGAAUGUGGAAAGACCUUCAGUCAGAAUAAAAACCUUACUCAGCAUCAGAGAACUCAUGGUGGAGAGAAACCUUACGAAUGCAAUGAAUGUGGGAAAGCCUUUCACCGGAGUACAGAACUUACUCGACAUCAGAGGAUUCAUAGUGGAGAGAAGCCAUUUAAAUGUAAUGAGUGUGGGAAAGCCUUCAGACAGAGUAGAAAUCUUAUUCAACAUCAGAGAUCUCAUAGUGGAGAAAAACCUUAUGAAUGUAAUGAAUGUGGGAAGGCCUUUGGCCGGAGUACAGAACUUACCCGACAUCAGAGGAUCCACAGUGGAGAGAAGCCAUAUGAAUGUAAAGAAUGUGGGAAGGCCUUUCUUUUGAGGACAAACUUUACUGUACAUCAGAGAAUUCACAGUGGAGACAAGCCUUUUGGAUGUAAUGAAUGUGGGAAGGCCUUCAACCAAAGCACACAACUUACUCGACAUCAGAGGAUUCACAGUGGAGAAAAACCUUACGAAUGUAGUAAAUGUGAAAAGGCCUUCAGAUGGAGAAAACAACUCACUCAGCAUCACAGAAUACAUACAGAAGAGAAACCUCAUAAAUGUGAAUGUGGGAAGGUCUGUUGUCAGAAUUCUCAGCUUUCACGUCAUCAGAGAAAUCACACUGCAGAGAAACCUUAUGAAUGUCAGGAAUGUGGGAAGGCCUUUCUUCUGAGCACCACCUUUGCUAUACACCAGAGAAUUCAUACUGGUGAGAAACCUUAUGAAUGUAAUGAAUGUGGGAAGGCUUUCAGCUGGAGCACAGAGCUUACUGAACAUCAGAGGAUUCACACUGGUGAGAAAUGUUAUGAAUGUAGUGAAUGUGGGAAGGCCUUUUGCCAGAGCUCACAACUUACUCGUCAUCAGAUAAUUCACACUGGAAAGAAACCUUAUGAAUGUAAUGAAUGUGGAAAGGCCUUCCUUCUGAGCACCACCUUUGCUUUACAUCAGAGAAUUCAUAGUGGAGAGUAAGUAACCUUAUAAAUAAAGAUGCCUUUGAAAACAUUAAAUCUUCUGAAGUCUUAGUACAAAGAGAGUUUUUAAAUAUAAUGAUUGAGAAUAUGAUUUCCUCCAGAGUCAACACCUUAUUCAACAUCAGUUCACACUGAGGAAUUACAAAUUUCCAGCUAUUCCACAGCAGUUUCUGAACAUUAAAAAAAAAAAAACAUAUUCAAGAGGGUAGCUCUAAGAAUGUGAUGAACAUGAAAAGGAUUUUACCCUAGAACUACAAUACUAGUGAAAAUCAGGGAAAACAAACUUAAUGGAAACCCUAUAGAUGAAGUCCCUGUAAAAUUUCUUAUUGCAAGACCACUAGAAUGUCUCGGAAAAAUAAUAGAAUUAAGGAAGGAUGAAAAUUUGGGCAGAUGCCAUAAGUAUUGAUUAAAAGAAUCAGAAAGGCAACGGAUAAUUUGGAAAACAUGGGGAAUCUCUCCAGAGAACUCUGAAAGUCUCUCUGGAAAAAAAGACAACAAAACACCUUAAAAAUUCUUUUCAGAACAAAAUCAAAAGACAGUAAAAUUGAAAGAAUGCUGACUUCUCUAUACAAUAAGAUGUCUUGACAAUAGAAUGUAUAAUGAUCAUCUGAGUUAUAGGUCUUCCAGAAAAAAAUGAAAUAAAAGUUUGAUAUUUUAGGAAAUCAUAGUGAAAAUUACCCAGACAUCCUGAAAAUAGAAGGCAAGGUAUAAAUAGAAAUCAUAGAUUGCCAAGUAAGUUAAACUAAGUAUGACUCCCUGAGAAAUGUCUCAAUUAAGCUUCAGAAUUUCACCAUUAGACAAAUCUUUUAAACAGGAAACUGAGGAAAAACACUCUAACACACACAACUAUAUCUUGUUCACAGGAAAUGAAGAGAGCAAAUUUGAGUAUUCUGAAAAACAAAGAAAAUUGGUUUGCAUCUCAAUGUAACAUCCAAAAAGUUGAGUUUAGCCACAAAUAAAAAAAAGAUGGACUUUGA